AUGAACACAACAUAUCUAGACGAAACCUGCCAAGCUAUCAACCCUAGGGGCAUCUCUCCACCACCCCAAUACUCUCUUCAUGAGCCUUCUCACAAUUUUCAAGCAAAUAACGACUUCACGGAUAGAGCCCAACAGACUCAUUUAUCGACGGACGACAGCCUCGGACAUCUCACGGCAUCCAACAUUGUGCCAGACGAUGAGUCAACAAACUUCUGGAGCGACGAAUUCACAGCCAGGGUAGUGCUCUCUUUACUUCAAAGGGAGCCUUUGACUCCUUUGCCGCGUCCGAUAACCCACAACGAUAUCAACCUACAGAACACGCCUCUUCUGACCUGCGUUGUCUGCUUCGAGACGUUCAGGGAUGACUAUUUCCCAAGCACACCAAUCACAGCCGGCUGUGAUCAUACCUCUAUAGCCGGCACACAAAUCUGUUUGGGCUGUCUUCGUCGGUGUCUUGACACCCAGUUCUCUUCUCAGGACACCAGUUCGCUAGCAUGUCCUCUCUGUUAUGAACAGCUUUCCGAUGAAGAGGUCUAUCGAUGGGCUAGCCGGCAGACAUUCCAAGACUAUGAUCGUAUGCGGACAUGGCAGCUUCUAGAGGAGGACGCCGAAUUUGUUCCCUGCAUUCGGGAAAACUGUGGAUAUGGACAACUACACGCCGGGGGGCUGGAGGAUCCGAUUGUGGCUUGCGGCUCUUGUGGCAUGAAAACAUGUUUCAUUCACCGACAAACACCCUGGCAUGAAGGCAUGACGUGCACGGAAUACGAAGACAUGAUAAAUUCAAGAGAAAGCCAAGAAGACAUUGAGGAUUUUCACGACAGUGAGGGCCAGGAGCAGUCCAGUAAUCACCCGAGCAAUGACACUCAGGGGUCCACUCUCAACGGACUUACAAGUAUAGGGACGAUAGAGGGGAUCACAUGGCCUUGCCCUAGCUGCAGGUUUCCAACAGGGCGGCCAAGUGGUUGCAAAUUUACUAGGUGCGAAUCAUGCUUGCAUGAAUGGUGUUGGGACUGCGGUAUCGAUUGGAAAUGGGGACAUCUCAAUGUGGACUGUGUGGUUUCUCCGCUCUGA